CUCUUGUGCCGGAGAAGUGAAGUGGGUCCCUAAGAGAUGACGCGCGACAGUUGAUAGACAAUAUUAAUUUGCUGGCAUUUGGUCUCUCUUCCUGUUGUUUGUUGGCAUUUGGUGUCUUCCUGCCGGGGGAUCAUGGCGUCUGUGUGUUGCUGGUGCUGUCUGUGCGUAACGUUCUGGCUCCCCGCUGCCCUCUGGACGGCCGCGCUGGUCGCGGCUGAACAGGUGGCGUUGGUGGAGGUGUACGUGGAGGAGCGGGCGGAGGUCAGCGCAGUUCUGCAGGGGGAGGUGGUGGACUCGGGUCGGGAUGGCAGCAGCAGCACUGCCUUCAAAACCAACGAAAAGCACAAAAAAGACCUGGAAGGAGAUCUGAUACUGGUGCAGGAUGAAGAGCCCCGCGUGAGUGGAGAGGAAGCUGAGGAAGAAGCCGCUGGGCAGGAGCCGUGGAUCGGGUUGGUGCCUGUCGAGAUGGAGGAGGGAAAGUCUUUGACUGGGAACCAAGAGUCCUUUGCUGAUGCUGUAGUCAAUAAAAUGAAGCGAGCCUUGGUCCUGGGGGCCUCUGCACUCAUCAUUCUGGCCCUCAACCAAAACACUGUCAGUGAGAUGGAUCUUUCCCAGGUCCUAUCAAAGCCCGUCAUCGUCAUCCACGCCUCUGAGAAUGUCACCAAGCUGAUUGGGGCCCUUCUCAGGGGCCUUCACAUGACAGCAAAGGUCACAUACAAAACUAUUCUACAGGACAACCUGGGGGCCACCCUGACACUGUGGUCCAGUUGUGGUCGCUCCAGAGGGGGUCUGUACGGAGAAUGGCAAGGAGUCAUCUGCACAGGAGAGACCAACUCUCAGGUCCAGAAGUACUUGCAGCAGCUGUGGGACACUGUUCUCCUGGUGGCCCUCAUCCUCAGCACAGGGGUCAUCGUUCAAGCUCGCUGGCAGUACCAGGAGAACCAGCUUACUGAUGAUUUAGAGCUGUUACCUAAACAGGACAUACUGAAGAGAAUGUCGUCCCUGAAGACCAAGACCUACCACCAGCCCAGGCCGUGGUGCGACCCAUCACUGCCCAUAGAGACCGACAACUGUGCUGUCUGUCUGGAGCCGUUCAACAACGACCAGUGCUUGCGGGUCCUGCCGUGCCUCCAUGAAUACCACAGGGAUUGUGUGGACCCCUGGCUGCUCCUGCAGCACACUUGUCCCCUAUGUAAACGCAGCAUACUCGGUAACCUCCGCAGAGACAAUUAACUUCUGCCCCACGUCGAGUGACUCCUCAGCUCCGAGCCGAACCACAACAGGAAUCAAACCUCACGUCUCUUCUUGGGUGACAUUUCGGUAGCCGUAUUUUGACCUCGCCGCUUCCUCCCUUCUGGGACAGGCUCGAGGGAGAGAGGAUCCUCUCUCUCGCCGACCGGUCUCUGGAACCGUGGAACAGUCCUGCUUUGACCUCUUACCUUUGGGGAUUUGGGGGAGGGGAGAGGCAGCCCACCAGCCAAUCCCAAACCAGGUCCCACCGACCCACAGCCGUGUUGUAUGAAAACAAUACCGUUACUGUGCGUACUGCACCGUUACUGUUGUCUGAACAGGUACUUCUUCCUGGGAUCACGUUACUGUACUGCUACGGGACGCAAUAACUAGUACUGUAUGUGGUGUGUGUGUGUAUGUGUGUGUGUGUGUGUGAGUGAGUGAGAGUUACACCAGUGCAAUGGUGGCUCUUUAUAGGCUAUUUGUGUAAAUAUCAAAUAUUGUUUCCUGAAUAAAAUACAUGAAUUCUUUCUUGAGCAUAGUGCGAGGCCGGAGCAAAGGGCUUAUGCAUCCGGCAGCCUCUGAUGUGGAAGGUCGGCCAGCGUUUUGCAGUUUGUGAUGGUCUGAAUUCUUGAAACAAUGACUUUUAAUCGGUGAAGCUGGCUACUGAAGACGACUUCUUACCCGGGGAGGUGUUUGUGCGUGGAGGUUUAGUGCUUUGUAGGAAACGGUGUAAAGAUGACCUUCCAACCCACUACAGACAGCCGUUAUACCAGGUCCAUGUUCUCCACAAGCCCAAAUCAUGUCAGCUCCUAAAUACCGAAGUGGACUAACGGGAACUCAAAACUGAUGGUGUGCCUGGUGUAGGAACAAAGAACUCACACUUCACUCUUAGGUGAAGAUUCAGCUACGUCCCCUAGUAAUCACAUGACAGGGACUGGAUUUUGUGGUCGCGCAUGGCCCCCAGGGGUUCUGGGCCCCGUCAAAAGACAACACAUUGAUGAACGUAUCACGCUGAUGUGCUCAUACUUGUUGGGGCCCAUCAGUCACCUGCCUGUUCUGUUAUUGUUCAUAGAAAACACAACUCACCCCUUUGUGCUUGUCCAAACAAACACACCCGUUGACGUUUCUUUUCUGAGAGGUGGUUUAGCUGUAUGUUGUCAAUAAUCCAUCAUGAUUUUUCAAUUAUUAAUGAUUCAUUAAUAAUCCAUCAUAAUUUUCCACCCGCAGUUCUUUACAGAAGAUGAAGCACUUCUGUAACACGACAGUGUUUUAAAAUGUUAGCGACUGAGACUCAAAGCUGGUUUGGAAACCAUGUUGGCAUUUAGUCACUGUAGCCAUGAUCUCUGAUGAAAUAUAAACACACGGUAUCAGUCACUGUAGCCAUGAUCUCUGAUGAAAUAUAAACACACGGUAUCAGUCA